GUCAUACAUCGGGAUAUAUUUCAACUAUGCUUUUCUUUUUUAUGGCUAACUAGUCCGUAUUUCGUAUAAGAAACUACUGUGCCCGGAAGCGUGUAAUAAAAGUAAAAGUGUAAUCUAUGCGGAGUCUUCGCCGUAUUUCCUUACGCAUGCACCACACAGGCACCAGCACGAACACCAAAACACCGACACAGUUAUACGAACCGGCGCCAUCCUGUAUAUAGUCGUUAGAACCAGCACACGAACACCAAUCAGCCUAAUUCCAAGUCCAAAGUAGCACCCUGCCUCCCACCUGAGUGUUAUCACAUAAUGGAUAAUUGGAAUGUUUUGGCAGCGCAAACCUCGUCCCAAGCCAUUGGACGUGACGAGCACAAUUUGGCAGUGAAGACGCGUCUGACGAUCGAGAAAUUGCCCGACAAGGUGUUACUGCAUAUUUUCUCAUAUCUCUCACACCGCGAGAUCUGUCGCCUGGCUAGGAUUUGUAGACGCUGGCGUCAGAUUGCCUACGAUACGCGCCUGUGGAAGAAUGUCUCGCUGCGUCCGGAAAUUUCGGGACUGCAUGUGGGCUCGCUGGAGAUGCUGUUGCAGCUGAUCUCGGUCCGUUUUGGACCGACGCUUCGCUAUAUUGAGCUGCCCAUUGAGCUGAUCACGCACACCGUGCUCCACGAGCUCUCCGCCAAGUGUCCCAAUCUGACGCACAUGCUGCUUGACUUUUCGACAGCCAUGCAGCUGCAUGAUUUUAGUGAGAUGCAGGCCUUUCCCACCAAGCUGCGUUACAUGUGCAUCUGUUUGUCUGAGGUAAUCUUUAUGGAGGGUUUCAUGCGGAAGAUCUACAACUUCAUCAACGGUCUGGAGGUGCUCCAUCUGAUUGGCACCUACGAGAAGUGCGAGGAGGAGGAGGAGGAAAUCUACGAAGUCAUCAAUGUCCACAAGCUCAAGUCGGCCACGCCCAAUCUGAGGGUCAUCAAUUUAUAUGGCAUCAAUUUUAUUGACGACUCGCACAUCGAUGCUUUCAGCUCGAAUUGUAUACAGCUGGAGUGCCUGGCCGUUAAUUUUUGCAACAAGGUCACGGGCUCGACGCUCAAGACGCUGAUUCAGCGUUCCAAGCGUCUCACCUGCUUGCUGAUGAACGGCACCAGCCUCAAAUCGGAGUUUGUCAUGCAAGCCGAAUGGGACAAGUGCGCUUUGCAGGAGCUGGACAUAACGGCAACGGAUUUGUCCACUGAAUGCCUUGUAGAUAUGCUCACACGCAUACCCAGCUUGAAGUUCCUGUCUGCCGGUCAAAUAAACGGAUUCAACGAUACGGUGUUGAAGCAAUGGAUGGAGGCCGGAACCACCAGGUCACUCAUAUCUCUGGACCUGGACUCCUCGGACAAUAUUACUGACGAGGCUCUGUUGAAGUUCCUACAACGCCACGGCCACCAGUUGAGUGCCUGCUGCCUCUCUGGCAUGCCACACAUCACUGAUCAGUUGUGGAUGAGCGUGCUUCCAUUGCUGGGAAACUGCAAAAUUGUGGUCAUGGGCACUGCUGAGAAGUUGGGCGUUAAUAUACACGUUGAUCAACUUAUGGACACGAUUGCAUCUAGCUGCGGCAACUUGGAGCGACUUGAGUUGCGGUGGGAUCCCGACAACUUGCGAUUCUCCGACAAGAGCCAGAAGGCCAUUGAUAUAUUGCGUGUCAAAUGCCUCAAGCUGCGCUGCAUGGUACUGAGUGAUGGACGUUACUACGAGACCGUGAAGGCCAAUUUUGAACGCGCCGAUCGGAUUACAGUGGUUCGCACAACCACAUGCUGUCGCGUGUCCCCGUACCACUUGCUGCGAAACUACAACGAUUUGAUUUUCAACUGAAGAACUGGUUUCGAAUGCCGAAGAGUUAUUGGAGUUUUCGUUGCUGCUUAGCCAAAUAGCCAAAAACUGGGCAGUCUAGUCAAUGAAAAAUGAUUGCAUAUUUUACUUACAUUGUAUUGUAUUUUCUGUAUUUUUCUGCUUCUUUUUCGUCUAGUUAAAUUAAAGCUAAAUAAACGUAAAUAGAUAAUAAAAACAAAAA